AUGACGAGCGAGCGUUCUAGCGGCGCAGUUGCAGUCGCAGUCGCAGAAGCGCUUGCGGGCGUUUGGGAGGGGACGGAAGGGCUUGUUGGUGCAGCUGUGACGGUGGCAGCGCAGGCCGAGGGUAACUAUAGAAAGCAUGCUAAGCAAGGAGAGCAAGACGACGAGAGGAAAGAGCAGAGAGCGCGAGGGAAGAGGUCAGGCCAGACCAGACCAGACCCCGCACCACCCUACACUUACUACCACAUGCUCGCAGUAGUUAGGAGUAUGCGCCGUCGCAACACGACAGACGGGCAGCACCGCAGCCGCGCAUAUACCCCCUCCCGUCCGUUGUCGCAACGCGUCUCACAAGCCUCCUAG